UAACGAUUAAAUUAUUACUUUACCUCUACAAUAUUCUUAAAUGCAAUAAGAAAACCUAAAUUUAUUACUGUGCAUAUACAUCUGAUUUACUUUUUAAUAAUUUUCGGUACGCGUUUGAAUACACAUGAGCACACGUUUAUGCGUACAUGAUGCGUACGUGUAGCGGCACAUGUAACCUUCACAGUGAAAGCAUAACCUCAGCAGUGAAAGCAUAACCUUAAAAGAAAAUAUGAAUCGGACAAAUUUCCGUAUUAAACUCGAUUUGUGUAAAUACCGUAAUGAUCUACAUCGCUUUUGUUGGAUUUUUAUUGACUCUACUAAAAUGAAAGAUAUAAAGGAUAUAAAAGGACAUAUUCAAGGACUGUUCCACAUUAAUGAACCAUUUGAUUUGUUUCUAAAUGAAAUUGAAUAUUUACCACCUAACGAGGACAUGCGAAUUUUGAAGGAGAAUGAAACAGUUUUGGUUUUACCUACGUCUCAACUAAGCAAUAUUCAACUAAGCAGUAUUCAACUGACAAAUCAGCUAUCCAUAAGCAACCCAGUUUCAUUAAUAGACACAAGUAAACAAGAGCUAGAAAGUAGUUCUACAGAUGCAGGAAGAAUUGAAUCAGCAUCGAUAAAUUCUCCUUCUGCAAAGUCAAGCCCUGUGCAACAGAAAUGUUCGGCUGAUAUGACAGACAAAUCGCAAAAUUCUAAAGAAAGUACAGAUACAGAAGUUCCUUAUGUAUGUGCAAGGAGAAAACGUGCAAGAAGACGGAGAAGCUCAAAACUUGAGCAGCCAGUGCUAAACGAAGAAGACAAAUCUAGUAAAGCCUAUGUUAUAAAUACUAAAGUUGUCCCCCUUGGUAAACAUAUUCGUUUUGAUAAUAUUGAUGACAAAAUUUGUCUAGAAAAUCCGGUUACAUGUCCAGAAACGAUAAGAGGAGCCCAUACUAUUAUAUCACCUGUUCAUGAACUUACAAAUUUAUUAUCAAUGGUUAAUAAUUCUACUCCACCUACUUUUGAGAACAACAGGGUAAAGAACACAGUGAAUGCAAAGCAUCUAAGUAAUGAAGUAAAUGGAGUCAAUGCAAAUGUCAAUGAAAGUAUAGCUUCAAUUAAGGAAUUAGGAGAAUCAAAAGAGUUUGUGAGUGCAGACCUUGAAACAUAUCCAGUCAUGACAACAAAACCAAAAAUUAAUGAUAUUAUAGCAUUUAAGAUGCUCAAAAUUGGCUCGGAUUUUACACCACAAAUAUCAAACUUUAUUGUUGCAGAAGUUGUAUCUUGUAAUCCAGAAAAAUCACUAUACAUCUUUAAAAUAUUACAAGGCUUAUCAGAAGUGCAAGUGCCAGUUGGAAAAUUUAACUGUAUGGAAGAGUCAGAGGAAUGUGUGAUGAAUGAUACAAUUAAAUUAAAUUAUGCACAAAUAAUGAAACCUAGACUAAUAUCUGCAUCAAACACUAAAUAUUCGUUUCCAUUGACUUCCUGAUCACUUAGUUAAUAAUUUCAUACAUUUUUUUAUAUGUUUUAAACUAAAUAUUUUUGAGAAUAAAAUUAAAUAUGUUAAAUAAAAUU